CACUCACUCCCUCACACCUCCCCCAGCUCACCUCCUCCCACCCCAGCAUGGCCGCGUCCACCAUGUCCGUCUGCUCCAGCACCUGCACCGACUCCUGGCAGGUGGACGACUGCCCAGAGAGCUGCUGCGAGCCCCCUUGUUGUGCCCCCAGCUGCUACACCCCGGCCUCCUGCCUGACCCUGGUCUGCACCCCAGUGAGCUGUGUGUCCAGCCCCUGCUGCCAGGCGGCCUGUGAGCCCAGCCCCUGCCAAUCAGGCUGCACCAGCUCCUGCACACCCUCAUGCUGCCAGCAGUCUAGCUGCCAGCCGGCUUGCUGCACCUCCUCCCCCUGCCAGCAAUCCUGCUGUGUGCCCAUCUGCUGCAAGCCUGUCUGCUGCAAACCCAUCUGCUGUGUGCCCGUCUGCUAUGGGGCUGCUUCUUCAUGCUGCCAACAAUCUAGCUGCCAGCCAGCUUGCUGUGCCUCUUCUUCCUGCCAGCAGGCCUGCUGUGUGCCCAUCUGCUGCAAGCCUGUCUGCUGUGUGCCCACCUGCUCUAAGGAUUCCUCUUCAUGCUGCCAGCAGUCUAGCUGCCAGCCAGCUUGCUGCACCUCCUCCCCAUGCCAGCAGGCCUGCUGCAUGCCUGUCUGCUGCAAGUCCGUCUGCUGUCUGCCUGUGUGCUCUGGGGCUUCCACUUCAUGCUGCCAGCAGUCUAGCUGCCAACCAACUUGCUGUACCACCUCCUGCUGCAGACCCUCCUCCUCCGUGUCCCUCAUCUGCCGCCCCGUGUGCAGGUCCGCCUGCUGCGUGCCCGUCUCCUCCUGCUGUGCGCCCGCCUCCUCCUGCCAGCCUAGCUGCUGCCGCCCAGCCUCCUGCGUGUCCCUCCUCUGCCGCCCUGUGUGCUCCCGCCCGGCCUGCUGAGUCCUCUGCUCAGGCGAGAAGUCCAGCUGCUGAGUGCUCAGUCCUCACUCAUCUACUGACUGUCUUUGCCGCCAAGCAGGAUUCUCCAGUCUCAGGAGCCCCUGGAGUCCUCAGAAUGCACCAGCUCCAUCAGUAGCCACAUAGUUGCUGCCUGAAGGGGAUUUUGAGCACAUCACACUUCCCUCCUCCCUCUCUGGGAAGAGACAACCCACAAAUCCCUCAGCAGGUGGACUGUGGCCUUCUGGAACCCCCUUCUCCAAAUGUGCUGUUUGCACCCAAUGUGUCAAAGAAUUGCUCUAAUCAAUAAAUUCUUGAGUCAGGAAA